GGUCUACAGCGCUGGGACUUCUGGCUCUCCACCGUUCCCCGGCCACUCGCGCCAACCAUGGAUCUCUCUGUCCUCUUCGAGAGCCUGCCAUCGCUGAGCCCCGCCGACCUGCUUUCAUUAGACCACGGAGGAACGGAGUCUCCGGGACUCUGGAGCCUAACUUCAUCUGAUUCCAGCCUGUCUGGGGUGGUGGGUUCUCACCUGCCUGGCCGGUCCACCAGCCUGGUAGAGGGCCGAAGCUGUAAUUGGGUGCCCCCACCCCCUGGCUUUGCACCCCUGGCUCCUCGCCCGGGCCCUGAAUUGUCACCCUCACCCACAUCACCUACUGCGACUCUGACCACCUCAUCCCGCUACAAGACUGAGCUCUGCCGGACCUUCUCAGAGAGCGGGCGCUGUCGCUAUGGGGCCAAGUGCCAGUUCGCCCAUGGUCUGGGCGAGCUGCGUCAGGCCAAUCGCCACCCCAAGUACAAGACAGAACUGUGCCACAAGUUCUACUUCCAGGGCCGCUGUCCUUACGGCUCCCGAUGUCACUUCAUCCACCAUCCCGAGGAGGACCUGGCCGCCCCAGGCCAGCCGCACAUGCUACGCCAGAGCCUCAGCUACUCCGGCCUGCCCAUGGGCCGCCGAGGCUCGCCACCCCCUGGCCUGGUGGACCCUUCCUUGUCCUCCUGUUCCUUCUCGCCCUCCAGCUCCCCACCUCCCCCCGGGGAGCUGCCACUUUCACCCUCUGCCUUCUCUGCUGCUCCGGGGACCCCUGUAACUCGAAAGGACCCCGCCCCUUCCUGCUGCCCCUCUUGCCGAAGGACCACUUCUGGCAGUAUCUGGGGGCCCGUGGGGGGCCUGGCCCGGAGCCCCUCUGCACACUCCCUGGGGUCUGACCCAGAUGAGUAUGCCAGCAGUGGGAGCAGCCUGGGGGGAUCCGACUCUCCUGUCUUUGAGGCUGGGGUCUUUGGGCCACCCCAGCCUCCAACAGCCCCCAGGAGACUCCCAAUCUUCAAUCGCAUCUCUGUUUCAGAGUGACAAGUGCCUUCUAGUUAAUUGAGCUGGAAAUCAAGGAGGAAGACACUUGUGGGGACCUGGGG